GCACAAAACCCAAAAGCAUAUUACUUGCUCAAGUGUUCACCGUAAUAGCUUCCUUCCUCCAUUCCCUUUCGUGCAUCCUUUCUUUCCUCUUCCCAAAUGGAUAUUGUUUAUGGAAAAAUGCUAAAUGUAGUCCCCACGACUGUCGUGUCUCUACAAUCUUCAAAAAAUAUUAAAGUGACGAGUUCUAUGUCAAUCUCCCAAUGGAGUUCAGCUCCACGGGUUCCUAGGAUUGUGCAGCCGCGACAGGCACGAGUCUAUAAUGCACUUCCCCUUGUCCACGAAGCUAGGAAAGGAGGAGAAAAAGAUACUCCACUUACACAACAGGACAAGUACAAAGAGAUUAUGUCAAACUUUCCCAGAAGGGACGAUUGGGUCCUCCAGCCUCUUUACCAGUACCAAGGCUUUUGGUACUUCCAGGACUACCUAGUUGGCUUGUUGGCUGCUCAAGAAAACUUCAAGCCUCAACCUUCUGAUAUUGUUCUUUGUACUUAUCCCAAAACGGGCACGACUUGGCUUAAGGCUUUAGCUUAUGCCAUUGUUACCCGCUCCAAAUUCAACGAUUCCGAAAAUCCAUUGCUCACUAAAGCACCACAUGAUUGUGUUCCCUUUUUAGAGAUUGAUGCUGCUAGAAACGCAAGCAAUCGUGACCCAGAAAUCCCACUCGUAGCUACUCACAUUCCUUAUAAUUCUUUGCCAACCUCCAUAUUAGAAUCGGGUUGUAAACUUGUUUACUUGUGCAGAGACCCUAAGGACGUGCUAAUAUCUAUGUGGCACUUUCUGAGAGGAAAGUUACCUGAAGGAAUUGAUAAGGAUUCAUAUAUCAAUUUGAAUAAUUCGUUUGAAAUAUUUUGUGAAGGAAUUUCUAGCAAUGGACCCUAUUGGGACCAUGUUUUGGGGUAUUGGAAAGCAAGAGUAGAAAGUCCUGAGGAGGUGUUGUUUUUGGUGUAUGAAGACCUGAAGAAGGACACUGUUUCUAAUGUUAAAAAGCUUGCUGAGUUCAUGGGCUAUCCCUUUACAGCAGAGGAAGAGAAACGAGGGGUGGUGCAACAAAUCAUAGAUUUGUGCAGUUUCGAUAGUUUGAGGAACAUGAAGGCGAGCAAAAGUGGUGUGUAUAGUCCGGAUUCCCCAUAUACCAUUCAAAACACUGAAUUUUUCAGAAAAGGUACCAUUGGAGAUUGGAAGAAUUAUUUCAGUGAAGAAAUGGGUGCUCGUUUGGAUCAGAUAAUAGAAGAAAAACUGAACGGUUCCGGCUUCUCUUUCUUUUCUCAUUAAUUAAUUAAUUACAAAAAUUUAAAAUUUUCUUGUCGAUAUAAGCAAAAUUUGGGAAUAAGCUUCCAAGAAGAAUGUCUCGGUCUUCUUUCUUUUCUUUUCUUUUCUUGUUUGAUAUUUGUUAUUGUGAAAUACCUACGCAAAGUAGAUUAUAGUGUUUUUUGGAUUUUGUUAAAGAGUGUGUGUCUUUCCGUCUUGUAUGUUUUUAACCAAUUAAAAAAAAAAAAUUAUCAUAGA